CUUUAACGGUUGUAUACGGUUGCUAGGCAACGUCGAAACGCCAUGGGACUGAGAGUCGGACGGCUGAGGACCUGCUGUGAGGAGAAGAACCUCCGUGUGGAAACAUCUCCAUCUCUAUACUUCGGUUUUUAAAACAGAUAUUUGACCUCCUGUCAGUCAGUGAGUCAGUGGGCGGAGCUCUGUGUCUGUUUGACCAUGAAGGUGAGUAGAUGAGGACGCGGUCAGAUCUGUACAAACAGUAUUUACACAGUUUCCUGUUUCCUCUCAGUGUUUCCUCCUGGUCUGACCUCGUGGAGUCAUGGGGUCCGAGUCGGUGAGGGUGGUGGUCCGGUGUCGACCUCUGAAUGACAGGGAGAAGGCUCUCUGCUCUAAGAUGGUCGUGUUCAUGGACCUUCACCGCUGUCAGUGCUUCAUUGAGAAACCAGGAGCUGUGGAUGAACCCCCCAAACAGUUCACCUUCGAUGGGACCUACUUCACCGACCAAAGCACAGAGCAGAUGUACAACGAGGUGGCCUACCCUCUGGUGGAGGUCAGCUCCUUCAAUCAUCUCUGUUUCUGUUUCCUGUGACUUUAAUGUGUGGAGGCGACACGAUUACAUAAGGAGGAGCUCUGUGGUCACUGGACACCAGCAGCAGCAGCAGCAGCUCAGACCUUAUCGACCUCAUGAUUUACUCAUCAGUCACUUUAAAGCUCAGCAGCUUCAUGGAAACAAGAUCUCCUCUCAUGGUUUUUCUUCAUGUUUCUGUAGGGAACGACUGAAGGAUACAACGGCACCAUCUUCGCCUACGGACAAACAGGAAGUGGGAAAUCUUUCACCAUGCAGGGGGUGUCAGACCCUGCAGCUCAGAGGGGAGUUAUUCCACGGUCGUUUGAGCACAUAUUUGAGAGUAUCCAGGUACGUCAGGGCGCCACGUUCUUCAGCGUUCUUAAAAACACACCCCCUCUUCACUUCUGUGGUCGACUUUCUGUCCUGUUUUUAUAUACACAGGUGAUUCAUCUGUAUCAUUAUUAUUAUUAUUAUCAUUAUUAUUGUUGUUGUUGUUGUUGUUGUUGUUGUUACGGUGUGUUUUUGUGGGCGAGCUAGUGUGCAGAAAAUACAAAGUUCCUGGUGAGGGCCUCCUAUCUUGAGAUAUACAACGAAGAAAUCCGAGACCUUUUGGGAAGUGACACCAAACAGAGAUUGGAGGUAUGUGAACUUUCAUUUGGAGUUCAAACACCAUCAUCAUCUCUGUAAAUCAGAGAUUUUUGAGCUGAUAUUUGACAGUAACAGAUAUCACAGAGUAAGCGUAUAAAUGAUCUGAAACUUACCUGAAAAUGAUCAAAACUCUGUGGAUACUGAGCAGCUGUCUCCAUCUGUAGAACAUCUCAGAUCUUUCUCACUUUCCUGUCAUCUACAGUUUUCCUCUCACAGAUCAGCCCUGAAAAUCUCACUUUAGUCGAGUUUCAUUUCCGGUUUCAGUGUGAAAACAUGAGAGGCCAAAAUAAUCGGUCUUCAGUCAGUAUGAAACCUGUUCCUCUGAUUGUUCGUCCGCUCUAAAUGAAGCUCAAACCAAAGUUUCCAUGGCGACCUGGAACCACCCCAGAGUUGGACUCCUAGAGUCUUUCUAACGAGCUGAUCUGAGUUUGAUAAAUGUUUCAGCUGAAGGAACAUCCGGAGCGUGGCGUGUAUGUUCGAGACCUCUCCAUGCACACGGUGAGCAGCGUUGGCGAGUGCGAGAGGAUCAUCGAGGCGGGCUGGAGGAACCGGGCCGUGGGCUACACCCUGAUGAACAAAGACUCCUCCCGCUCACACUCCAUCUUCACCAUCCACCUGGAGAUCUGCAGCACUGGUGAAAACACACACUUAGACACACACACACACACACACACACACACACACACACACACACACACACACACACACACACACACACCUAAAACAAGAUGAGACAUAACUCCGGUCUGUUGGAUUAAAGAUUGCAGAUCACAAAAAUGUACCUGAAUAAUCCCGUGCAUGUCGAAACACACGACUCUAUAAGGACUCAUUAAAGUGCAGCUCCACCUCCUAACACCAUCAUGAUGUUCCUCUGUGAAGAUGUUGGUCCAUCAUGUUCCUCUGUGAAGAUGUUGGUCCAUCAUGUUCCUCUGUGAUGAUGUUGGUCCAUCAUGUUCCUCUGUGAUGAUGUUGGUCCAUCAUGUUCCUCUGUGAUGAUGAAGAUGUUGGUCCAUCAUGUUCCUCCGUGAUGAUGUUGGUCCAUCAUGUUCCUCUGUGAAGAUGUUGGUCCAUCAUGUUCCUCUGUGAUGAUGUUGGUUCAUCAUGUUCCUCUGUGAUGAUGUUGGUCCAUCAUGUUCCUCUGUGAUGAUGAAGAUGUUGGUCCAUCAUGUUCCUCUGUGAAGGUGUUGGUCCAUCAUGUUCCUCUGUGAUGAUGUUGGUCCAUCAUGUUCCUCUGUGAUGAUGAAGAUGUUGGUCCAUCAUGUUCCUCUGUGAUGAUGAAGAUGUUGGUCCAUCAUGUUCCUCUGUGAUGAUGAUGAUGUUGGUCCAUCAUGUUCCUCUGUGAUGAUGUUGGUCCAUCAUGUUCCUCUGUGAUGAUGUUGGUCCAUCAUGUUACUCUGUGAUGAUGAAGAUGUUGGUCCAUCAUGUUCCUCUGUGAAGAUGUUGGUCCAUCAUGUUCCUCUGUGAAGGUGUUGGUCCAUCAUGUUCCUCUGUGAAGAUGUUGGUCCAUCAUGUUCCUCUGUGAUGAUGUUGGUCCAUCAUGUUCCUCUGUGAAGAUGUUGGUCCAUCAUGUUCCUCUGUGAUGAUAAAGAUGUUGGUCCAUCAUGUUCCUCUGUGAUGAUGUUGGUCCAUCAUGUUCCUCUGUGAAGAUGUUGGUCCAUCAUGUUCCUCUGUGAUGAUGAAGAUGUUGGUCCAUCAUGUUCCUCUGUGAAGAUGUUGGUCCAUCAUGUUCCUCUGUGAUGAUGUUGGUCCAUCAUGUUCCUCUGUGAAGAUGUUGGUCCAUCAUGUUCCUCUGUGAAGAUGUUGGUCCAUCAUGUUCCUCUGUGAUGAUGUUGGUCCAUCAUGUUCCUCUGUGAAGGUGUUGGUCCAUCAUGUUCCUCUGUGAUGAUGUUGGUCCAUCAUGUUCCUCUGUGAAGAUGUUGGUCCAUCAUGUUCCUCUGUGAUGAUGUUGGUCCAUCAUGUUCCUCCGUGAUGAUGUUGGUCCAUCAUGUUCCUCUGUGAAGAUGUUGGUCCAUCAUGUUCCUCUGUGAUGAUGUUGGUCCACGUUCCCAGAUGCAGCAGGUCAGGAUCACCUUCGAGCCGGGAAACUCAACCUUGUGGACCUGGCAGGAAGUGAGCGUCAGUCUAAAACCGGAGCUACAGGUGAGCGACUCCGCGAGGCCACCAAGAUCAACCUGUCCCUCUCGGCGCUGGGGAACGUCAUCUCGGCGCUCGUGGACGGACGCUCCAAAUACGUCCCGUACCGAGACUCGAAGCUGACCCGGCUGCUGCAGGACUCUCUGGGAGGAAACACCCGAACCCUGAUGAUCGCCUGUCUGUCACCUGCUGACAACAACUACGAGGAGAGCCUGAGCACGCUACGCUACGCUAACCGGGCCAAGAGCAUCCAGAACCGACCCCGGAUCAACGAGGACCCAAAGGACGCUCUGCUCAGAGAGUACCAGGAGGAGAUCAAGAAGCUGAGGGCCCUCGUCUCAGGACAGCUGGGCCCCGCCCACCUCACAGGUAAGAGAAGAAGAAAAGAUCGAUUUUUGGUCCAGAGAUGAGAAGAAACAUUUACGAGUUUGGAGCCUUAAAACAAACACUCAGACGUUUUUAUUGAUCAUCUUGUUGUUUGAAUUUAAUAUAAAAUAAAAUAAAAUAAAAUAAAAAAACAACUGCUUUUCAUUUAUUAUUAUUAUUCUUAUUAUUUAUUGAUUAUUAAUUACUCUUUUUUAUUAUUAUUGAUUAUUCUUUAUUCUUUUAUCAUUAAUUAUUAUUGAUUAUUGAUUUAUCAUGCAGAUCUUCUGUCUGGUGGGUCGUAUGAGAAAUCCUCUGCAGCUCCUCUCAGACCUCAGUCCAUCACCACAGAAGCAGAGAAGGAGAAGAUUAAAGCGGUAACUCCUGACCGUUCCCACACCCAUAAACCACCUCACAUUCCUCCAUCAGCUGCUCUGGGACCGGUCUGCUGGGACCGGUCUGCUGGGACCAGUCUGCUGGGACCGGUCUGCUGAUUUACUGCUCUGUAAUCUGGUCUCUCUGCAGGACUACGAGGACAGGCUGGCUAAACUCCAGGCGGAGUACGAGGCGGAGCAGGAGUCGAAGGUCAAGCUGCAGGAGGACAUCGCUGCUCUGCGCUCCUCUUAUGAAUCCAAACUGGAGAAGAUCUCAGCCAGCAGGGGGCGCUCUGGACUCAAGAAUGGAAAACCAGAGCAAUGUGAGGACUUGUUUUAGGAGUUUGGUCCAACUGUUUCCCAGAGGGAUGUUGUAAAUGACUGUGCAAUAACAAGGCUCCUGAUUGGCUCAUUUCCAGCUUCUGUCACACCAUUGGCUGAAGAAAAGUUCAGCUUCAACCGAGACGUCAGAGACGGUCGCAGAUCCUCAGGAGAGACUGACCCUGACGAGGUUUUUAUUUUCACCUCCUUUCAAAGUGUCAGUGAUAAUAAUAAUAAUAAUAAUAGAUUUUAUUUGUAACGCACUUUAAAAACAAAUCUCAAAGUGAGUCAGUGAGUCCAAAAUACACACUUUCACAUCAGAGGCUGUGUGUGUGUGUGUCUGUGUGUGUGUGUGUGUGUGUGUGUGUGUGUGUCUGUGUGUGUGUGUGUGUGUGUGUGUGUGUGUGUGUGUGUGUGUGUGUGUGUGUCUGUGUGUGUGUGUGUGUGUGUGUGUGUGUGUGUGUGUGUGUGUGUGUGUGUGUGUGUGUGUGUGAUCCAGCAGGUUGGACUUUGUGCAGCAGUCAGGGUCCAAAAACACCCAGACGGAGACUCACCUGACAUCGGGUCUGCAGAGCCUCUGGACCAGAACCAGGUCCUGGAGAGGUUCGUAAGACCAGGUUUAAAAAAACAAACAACUUCAGGUUUUUAACAGAAACAGGAAAAUCGAUCAGAUCAAUCAGAUCGAUCAAUUUUACUCAUGAAAGUACAGAAAAGUAGAAUUUUAUUAAACAUAAAAUCUGUUAUUUAUAAUUAUUUCUAUAACAUUAAUAUAGUAAAUAACAUAAACUCUACUAUAGCACAGUUUAUAUUAUACAGUAUACUAUCUAAUAUAAACCUGAUCAUAGUAAAUAUUCUAUAGUUUUCUAUGAUCAAGUAUAUAAACGUUAGUUUUUGGAUGAUAUUUAGAGUAUUGAUCUUUUUGUAUUUAAGGCUGUUUGUUAGUUAGUUAGUUAGUUAGUUUGUGUGUUUGUUUGUUAGUUAGUUAGUUAGUUUGUUAGUUAGUUAGUUAGUUAGUUAGUUAGUUUGUUUGUUAGUUAGUUAGUUAGUUAGUUAGUUAGUUAGUUAGUUUGUUUGUUUGUUUGUAACAUUAUAAUCCUGAGAGUCAUUUUGUUAAGGCGCUGGGCGGGUAUUCUCUGAGUUUUAAUCCUAAUGUUUAAAUAGUCAUCUCCUUAAGGUGUCCACCGUUUGUCUGUAGGCUGCAGCAGCUGGAGCAGGAGGUGGUGGGAGGAGAACAGGUCAGGAACACGGAGCUCCAGCAGAAACAGCAGCAGAGGAAGAACCUGGCAGACCGGAGAAAAGAGCGUCUCAUCCAGGCUCUGUCUGAAAACAGCGAGGAGAGUGAAAACGUCCUGCUGAACGUCUACAACUCCAUCCAGGAGGAGGUCCACGCCAAGAGCCAAAUGCUGGUGAAGGUCCAGGAGAAGGUGAGGGACAAAGAAUCAGAGAAUGAUGAUCGAACUCUGAACGAUCGGCUUUUAAAUCUUUAAUUUCUUCAUUUUCGUUUUCAAACCUUCAAGACUUUUCAGUCUCAUGAUCAUUUACGACUAACGGCCUCUUAUUUCAGAGCACAGGUCCACCUGUUUAUACUGGUUUAUACUGGUUUAUACUGGUUUAUACUGGUUUAUACUGGUUUAGACGGGUUUAGACAGGUUUAUACUGGUUUAUACAGGUUUAUACUGGUUUAGACAGGUUUAUACUGGUUUAUACUGGUUUAGACAGGUUUAUACUGGUUUAUACUGGUUUAGACAGGUUUAUACUGGUUUAUACUGGUUUAUACUGGUUUAGACAGGUUUAGACUGGUUUAUACUGGUUUAUACUGGUUUAUACUGGUUUAGACAGGUUUAUACUGGUUUAUACUGGUUUAUACUGGUUUAGACAGGUUUAUACUGGUUUAUACUGGUUUAUACUGGUUUAUACUGGUUUAGACGGAUGUUUACUGGUUUAUACAGGUUUAUACAUGUUUAUACUGGUUUAUACUGGUUUAUACGGGUUUAUACUGGUUUAUACAGGUUUAUACGGGUUUAUACUGGUUUAUACUGGUUUAUACAUGUUUAUACUGGUUUAGACAGGUUUAUACUGGUUUAUACUGGUUUAUACAUGUUUAUACUGGUUUAGACAGGUUUAUACUGGUUUAUACUGGUUUAUACAGGUUUAUACUGGUUUAGACGGAUUUAUACUGGUUUAUACAGGUUUAUACUGGUUUAUACAGGUUUAUACUGGUUUAGACGGAUUUAUACAGGUUUAUACAGGUUUAUACUGGUUUAUACAUGUUUAUACUGGUUUAGACGGGUUUAUACUGGUUUAUACUGGUUUAUACAUGUUUAUACUGGUUUAUACUGGUUUAUACAUGUUUAUACUGGUUUAUACUGAUUUAUACUGGUUUAGACGGGUUUAUACUGGUUUAUACAGGUUUAUACUGGUUUAUACUGGUUUAUACUGGCGAUUUGUCGUUAACCCCGCAGACACACUUAUGUCUCAGAGUUUCCUCCACUUUUCCACUUUUAUCUGUCCUUUAGUUUUCAGAGAGUUUUAGACGUUCAGCCUUUUCAUGAUCGACUGACAGAAGUACAAAAACUCGUCGGUGUUGACCGUCUGUCCUGACAGCUGAAAGCUGCCAAACUGGAGAUCCGGGACCUGCAGGCGGAGUUUGAGGUGGAGAGAAACGACUACCUGGCAACCAUCCGGCGUCUGGAGAGGGAGGGUCAGCUGCUGCAGGGCCUGCUGGAGCGAAUGGUGCCCCUAGUGCGCCGAGACUGUAACUACAGCAACCUGGACCGCCUGAAGAAGGAGGCUGUGUGGGAUGAAGACAGCGCCGCCUGGAGGCUGCCGGAUGUGAUGGUGCAGAAAACAACUCUGCCUUCAGGUGAGAAGAGUUCAGAGGAAACGGUCCAAAGUUUUUAUCUCUAAAGAUUCAGUUUCAACUUUUCUCCUGAUCAACAGCAGUGACUCCGAAACCUUCAGCUCACAGAAGUUCAGCUGCUGAGACCGCCGAGCCGGUGAGUUCGUGUUCAAUCGAUCAUAUUAACUCUGAUCAAUUCAAUCAAUCAAUCAAUCAAUCAGUCAUAUUAACUCCUGUAAACACUGAACAGCAGCACAGAGCAUUAAUGCUGUGUGUGUGUGUGUGUGUGUGUGUGUGUGUGUGUUUACAGGUGGAGGAGGACAGGUAUAAGGAAAUGCUGAGUCGGAGUGACAGUGAAAAUAUCGCCAGCAGUUACUUCAAGUCAAAGCGAGCGAGUCGACUGCUGGGAGGAGAAACGACCAAGGUCCACGGUAAGACCGAGAUCCUCCAAGUCAUCUUCAAGUAGAACCAACAGUCGGUUCUCCUCGUCUCUAAUUUUGGUUAAAGUUUAUUUCUUUAAAAAAGUCUUUAAAACAACAAAUAAGAAAAAAAAAAAACUGUUUAAAGAAGAAAAAGUUUGAUCUUCAAUAUUUCCGUCCUGCUGACUAAGCACUUCUCCUGCAGCAGGCCACUCCCCCCCCCUCGUUAACGGGACAGCCCACCUCACUGUGAGUAGUCCCACUGUAAGCCCACCUGUCGGCUCUGACGCCGUCCUGCCGCGACCUUUUCGUCUCGAGUCACUGGGCGUCCCGUCGUCCAGUGGGAAGGUGAAACGCAAAAAAGGCAAAACUCACUUCAACAGUGACGGACAUUAACGACUGUACACACACACACACACACACACACACACACACACACACACACACACACACACACACACACACACACACACACACACAGACACACACACACACACACACACACACACAGACACACACACACACACACACUCACAGACACACUCACACACUCACACACAAACACUCACACACACACACACACAGACACACACACACACACACACACACACACACACACACUCACACACAAACACUCACACACACUGUCCUCACUGUCUUUCUCAGAGAUAAUCUCAACUUGAUGCUACCUGGAGAAUUAAAGUCAUUUUGCACUAAAAA